AUGGCAGCUCCUUUGGACCCUCGAGAGGCCGAGAAAGCUGCCGGAGUAGCCAACGAUGCUCAAAUCCCAAUCAAACCUGAGAAAGAAAAUGACGAGUCCGCCGAGAAGAAGAAAGGCACGAAUGGUUUCCUGGUAAGUCUGGCCGGAGAGUUAAUGGCUGCAUCCUCAUAUGUACGAGUAAUGACUGACGAGCUGGGACGAUCUAUCUUGCAGAGAGUUUUCACCUUUGGCGAUACCAAACUCUACGCCCUCGAAUGCAUUGCUUUCAUAGCUGCUAUUGCGUCUGGCGUUGCUCUCGCCAUGGUUAACCUGGUCAUGGGACAUUUCUUGACACUGCUUAGCGACUUCAGCUUCUCCGACGCGAACUCGAUGCCUGGCAAUUUCAUGUCCGCCGUGCGGACGUCGGCUCUCUACUUCGUUUACAUAGGCGUCGCCCGUUUCGUGGCUACCUACAUCUACGCUUCUCUCUUCACCUACGUCGCGUACCACUUGACCCGCAACGUCCGACGAAGUUAUCUACGGGCUGCCUUCAGCCAAGAAAUUACCUACUACGACCAGGGCGCCUCCGGCUCCAUAUCUCAGCAGGCGACCACGAACGGCAAGCUCAUCCAAUCCGGCAUCGCAGAGAAACUCGGCAUCGUCAUCCAAGCCAUCUCCACCUUCCUGGCGGCGUUCGUGAUCGCGUUUGUGGCACAAUGGAAGCUGACUUUAAUCCUCAUCUUCAUGGUGCCAACUCUGCUUAUUGUGCUCGGCAUGGCCGGUGGCAUCGAUGCCAUGAUCGAGACCAAGAUCUUGCAGGUUUACGCCCAAGCCGGUAGCUAUGCCGAGAACGUCCUCGGAGGGGUCCAGACGCUUCAGGCCUUCAGCCUUCGACCGAGGGUGAUGGCCAAGUACGACUCUUACCUCCAGGAUGCGUACACUCAAGGGAUGAAAAAGAAUAAACUUUACGGCAUUGUGUUUGGAGGGCAGUAUUUCGUCGUCUACGCCGGCAUGGGCCUGGCUUUCUGGCAGGGCAUCGCUAUGCUCGACCGUGGCGAGAUUUCCGACCUAGGAACCGUCUUUGUUGUUCUCUUCUCCGUCAUCAUGGCUGCGAGUACGGUCAUGCAAGUAGCACCGCACAUGGUCACCUUCAGCCGCGCGGCAACCGCAGCUUCGGAGCUGUUCGCUCUCAUCGAUAGGCAAUCCGAGAUCAACCCCUUCGACGAAUCGGGAGAUAAACAUGACGAAACUGCCGGCUUCAUCGACCUGCACGGUAUCAACUUCAGCUAUCCUACGCGUCCAGAUGUUACCGUCUUGGAGGACUUUACCCUAAAUAUCCCUGCAGGUAAGGUCACGGCGUUGGUGGGACCAUCCGGCUCAGGAAAAAGCACAAUCAUCAGCCUGCUCGAACGGUGGUAUAACCCCCGUGCAGGCAGCAUCUCCCUGGAUGGCACAGACAUCAGUCGGCUCAACCUCAAGUGGCUGCGGACUAAUGAACCGGUGCUCUUCAACGGCAGCGCGUUCGAGAACAUCGCCAACGGCCUCGUCGGCACCCAAUGGGAGACAGCAUCGCAAGAAGAUCAAAUGCAGCGCGUCCAAGAGGCCGCGAAGCUCGCCUUCGCGCACGACUUCAUCCAGAACCUGCCGCAAGGAUACCACACACGCAUCGGCGAGAGAGGCGGCCUGCUCUCAGGCGGGCAGAAGCAGCGAAUCGCCAUCGCUCGCAGCGUCAUCUCAGAGCCCAAAAUCCUACUCCUCGACGAAGCGACCAGCGCGCUCGACCCGCACGCCGAGGGCAUCGUCCAGAAGGCCCUCGACAGCGCCUCCGAGAACCGGACGACCAUCGUCAUAGCGCACAAGCUCGCGACCAUCCGCAAAGCGGAUAACAUCGUGGUCAUGUCCAAGGGCAAGAUCAUGGAACAGGGGCGUCACGAAGAGCUGGUGUCCAGGAACGGCAUCUACGCCACUCUCGUCGAAGCUCAGGACCUCGCGCCGGGUAACAUCGAGAAGAAUCACGGCUCGGGGGGCACGAGCACGUCCGAUGAGGCUUUGGAAAAGGAAGACGAUCAUGUCGUUCGCGUUCAGUCUCUCGCCAGCAUCCGGACGGCUGAGGUGCAACAACUGGCGACACUAAAGGACCGGGAAGACUACGACUUGUAUGAGAAGACGGGCAUUAUCCGCAGCAUUUGGAAGCUUCUGAGGGGGACGCCCGAUAUCUGGCUUUGGUUCGCGGUCACAAUAGCCACGUGCAUCGGAGGAGCCGCCAUCAACCCUGGGCAAGCCCUCUUGCUAGGCAAUAUCAUGAGCAUCUUUACUUCUCCAAACAUGGUCGCUCGCGGCAACUUCAUCUCGUUUAUGUUUUUCGUCAUGUCGCUCAGCAUUCUCGUCAUAUACUUCGUCAUGGGCUGGUCGACCAAUACUAUAGCACAGGGUCUCAGCAGGAAGAUGCGACGGGAAAUCUUGGAGUCCUUCCUCCGGCAGGACCUCCGGUUCUUCGACCGGCCCGAGAACACGGUGGGCGCGCUCAUCAGCCGGCUCGAUUCCUACCCACAGGCCAUCCUGGAGUUGAUGGGUUUCACCGUCGCCAUCAUCCUCAUGUCCGUGAUCAACAUCGUCGCGUCGAGUGUCCUCGCGAUCGUUGUGUCCUGGAAACUCGGGCUGGUCGGCGUCUUCGUCGGCUUGCCGUUCAUGAUGCUAGGCGGCUACGCGCGCGUCAGGCUCGAGACCAAGAUGGACGACGAAAUGGGCAAGAGGCUGUCGGCGAGCGCUUCGGUGGCUUCGGAGGCGGUCAUGGUGAUCCGCACCGUCUCUUCGCUCGCCAUCGAGAGCACCGUGCUGAAGAAGUAUGUCGACGAGCUCGACUUCGCGAUCUCUCAGACAAGCGGGCCCAUGUUCCACAUGAUGACCUGGUUUUCUCUCACGCAGUCCGUCGAGUACUUCGUGCUGGCCUUGGGGUUCUGGUGGGGAUCGAAGCUGAUCAAUGACGGGGAAAUCAGCUUCUAUCAGUUCAUUGUGUCGUUUAUGGGUGUUUACUUCUCCGGCCAAGCCACCGCGUUGGCUCUGAGUUUUGCCAGCAGCUUCACCAAGGCAAAUCAAGCCGCCAACUACUACUUCUGGCUCGACGGGCUUGACGGGACUAUUCGUGAGACUGACGACAACCGCAAAGAGGGACCCGAGCACGGGUGCCACUCCUACGACUUCCAAGACGUGCAGUUCUCGUACCCCUUGGCGCCGGACAACCGGGUUCUCAAGGGCGUGUCUCUGUCGAUUCAACGAGGAGACUUUGUGGCCUUCGUGGGCGCCUCAGGUUGCGGAAAGAGCACCAUGAUAUCGCUCCUAGAGCGCUUCUACGACCCGACAAGCGGCUCCAUCACCAUCGACUCAUCUGCACCUCUGUCGUCCAUCAACCCACUUCUGUACCGCAAGCAGGUGGCCCUGGUGCAGCAAGAGCCGACGCUCUUCCCGGGCACGAUUCGCGAGAACAUCUCACAGGGUGUGCCGGACCUCGGCGCGACGGAGGCGGCGUCGGACGAGACGCUGGAGGAGGCGUGCCGGGCGGCCAACGCGUGGGACUUCGUAUCAUCGCUGCCAGAGGGCCUCGACACACCGUGCGGGACGAGCGGCAGCCAGCUCUCGGGGGGUCAGCGGCAGCGCGUCGCCAUCGCCCGGGCGCUGGUGCGCAAGUCCAAUGUGAUCCUGCUCGACGAAGCGACGAGCGCACUGGACACCGAGUCGGAGAAGCUCGUCCAGGGCGCGCUGUCGGAGGCGGCAUCAUCCGGGGACCGGAUCACCAUCGCGGUGGCGCACCGCCUCUCGACGGUCCGCGACGCAAACUGCAUCUUCGUCUUCUACGCAGGCAGGAUUGUGGAGGCCGGGACGCACGGCGAGCUGGUUGCGAAGGGGGGCAUGUAUGCCAAGAUGUGCGAGGCGCAGAAGUUGGACGGCGCUGCAUGA